UUUCAGGAUGUGAAAAGUAAACAAAAGGAACUGAACAUAUUUGCUGUUGAAUGUGGAGCCAGCUGAUGUGCCUGAAAACCUACAACACCCAGACCUGGAAAACCAGCUGCGAGUAGCAUCGUCCACAUCAUCACUACUGUCUAACAUCAGAUGCAUCACCAAAGAGAAGCAGCUCCAGCCAACGCAGAGUAUUAGGAACCAUGGUGGGACUAAAGCCUUCAGAUGUUCCCCCUCCCCUGGGGGUUAAGAUGGCGAGUGCCGGGACAGCUGCCUGUAUAGCUGACAUCGUCACAUUUCCUCUGGACACAGCCAAAGUCAGACUUCAGAUUCAGGGAGAGAAGACGGCAGUGGGAGGCAUCCGCUACAGAGGCGUGUUUGGGACCAUCAGCACCAUGAUCCGAACCGAGGGGCCCAGGUCUCUGUACAAUGGGCUGGUGGCGGGUCUGCAGAGACAAAUGUGCUUCGCCUCCGUCAGAAUCGGCCUUUACGACAAUGUAAAAAAUUUCUACACUGGUGGCAAAGACAACCCCGGUGUACUGGUACGUAUCCUGGCUGGCUGCACUACAGGCGCCAUGGCAGUGUCCUUUGCACAACCCACAGAUGUGGUCAAGGUUCGAUUCCAAGCCCAGAUGAACCUGGACGGGGUCUCCCGUCGCUACAGCGGCACCAUGCAGGCCUACAAACACAUCUUCCAGAAUGAGGGCAUCCGUGGACUCUGGAAAGGAACUCUACCCAACAUCACAAGAAAUGCGCUCGUCAACUGCACAGAGCUGGUUACAUAUGACCUGAUCAAGGAGGCCAUCCUUAGACGCAACCUGAUGUCAGACAAUCUGCCUUGCCACUUUGUUUCUGCGUUCGGUGCCGGCUUUGUUACCACAGUGAUCGCCUCCCCGGUGGAUGUGGUGAAAACUAGAUACAUGAACUCACCACCAGGCCAGUACAAGAGCGCUAUCAACUGCGCCUGGACCAUGUUGACCAAAGAGGGGCCCACAGCUUUCUACAAAGGAUUUGUGCCCUCGUUUCUGAGGUUGGGCUCGUGGAACAUCGUGAUGUUUGUCUCAUUUGAACAAAUCAAGAGAGCCAUGAUGGUCACCAAGAAGAGGAUUGAUGCCACAAAUUGACAGUUUGACUGAAAAACCUGAACCACCACUGGGUUGGAACGUGGCUGAAGAAACCUAAUGAAUAUCAUAUCACAUUUUAGUCUCAUUCUUUUUGUCUUGUGGUGACAAAGAAGAAAAUCCUUUGUUGAAAAAGGAAUUUUGGACAAUCUACCUUUACUUUGACUUGAUGUUGAACUAAUGUGUACAAGUACUGCAGUUUGUUUUUCAUAAUGAACUCAUUCCAAAUAUAAUGGGAGUGAAUGGUGUGAACAUUAAGUCGUUGCAGCCUCCUUUGGGAAGUUGAGUUUGCACUUUAGUAUCUGUAAAUCUGAAUCUGCCAAUGAUACAUUUUAGGCAGCUCAAACCAGUGCACCUUUAUAAUGAGCAUACAUGAGAAUAAUACUGGUGCUAAUAACAUGUAAAACAGGUUUAUGUAAACCCUAAAUAUAUUUCACUUGUUUUACAGACCCUGUGCUUGCUUAUUAACUUGUAGUGCCACUUCCACCACACAAAACCCAUCUGAAAACAUCAAAAUGUGUAUUUAUUAACUUUGAGUAAGAGGUGUUAAACAUUACGUACCUUCCUCAAAAAUAAAACAGCAUAAAAAUAACUGUAAUAAAAAUGCAGUUUCAGUCUUCAGACGUACAAAUUUAUGAAAAUGGAAGCAAACAACCAAUUUGAGUUCCGCAUCACCUAUAUUACACAAUACAGAUGACAUCAAUGG